AUGGCCUCGACGCACGUCCCCUUCUUCAUGGAUGGGCGGCCCACCUCGCGCUGCGUGCCCGGCGCCGCCGACGGCCAGCUGCUCAGCUGGCUCGGCAUCCUCUCCGCGAGGGACGUGCUCUGCCCCGCCGCGACUGGCCGGCCGGCCCCCGUCAUGGUCUCGCACGGGGAGGACGCGGAGUUCUGCAAGGCCUGCCGAGCCAACGGCUGGUCCUCGUUCUCCAUGCGCGGCACCGAGAAGUUCGUCGGCUUCGGCGCCCACUGGGUGAGGCGCGAGGCGAGCCGAGGCUCUGAGGGCUGCCUCGCUGCGCUGGAGCCGUACAAACG